CAAAGCUCAUGCAUUGAAGCAGAGAAGGCCAUGAAGUUGAAGGUUGCCAUGAAUGAAACUUCAACACCACCCAAGAUCACCUACUUCACCCUACCAGAGAGCCGGCCGGAGCCUCCGGGGAUGGCCACUCCACCGUUGAGGCCUCCCGGCGCCGUUCCUUUCCUCUGGGAGGAGGCUCCGGGGAAGCCUAAGGCUAAGAGAGAACUCAGAGAAGUAAGACUCCCUCCAAGACCAGUGAUCAAAUCCUUACAACCACCUCCAAGAAAGGUAGCAGAGAUGAAGGGUGCCAUUAAUGUCACCUCUCUCACUACUGUUCUUGAUGGCCCUUAUGUUUUGAAGACUAAUAAUAAGUCUUCAUUCCAAUCUUCUUCCUUUAGAUUUCUUAGUGGUAGUUCUAAUAGAAAAGGUGACAAGUAUUCAGAGAGUAACAACACUCCCUCUUCUUGUUCUUCUUUCUCAUCAUCAUCAUCAUCUUCAUCAUCAUCAUUUUCAUCUUCUUAUUCUUCUUGUAUGUUUUAUCCUUUGUCUUCUUCAUCUUCUCAAAUUUGUGAAGAUGAUGAAGUUGUGAGUGAAAAGAGGAAAGAAGGAAAAGAGAUCACUGAAGUGACCAUUUCAAGGAUGAUGAGAAGAAACAGGAGUUUGACAAGCAUGUCUUUGCAUUCAAGUUCUCACUUUUGGGCUUGUAUCAGUGGAGGGAUGAAGCAUUGGCCAUGGAAAAGGAACCACAAAGCUUGAAUCCAAUCAAAUUAAGGUGGAGCUAGCUAGAUGGUUUUAUCUUUAAUUAAUAUUUCUAAUUAGUUUUGGCUAAACUCUACUUUGUUCUAAUACCUGCCACUUGGUGUCUUUGAUUCAAAUAAUGUUAGAACUCAGUCAAACAGGACUUGGUCUUCUUCAGUUUAUACUUUGUAUGUGUGAAAUGA